AGCAGGGCACUAGGUAAAGAAGAUAUCUGAAAGAGAUAAAACUCCAACCCUGGGCCCGAAAAUAGGCAAGACAAAUAGGAAGAAGUAGAAGGUGCUUUUGUGUGUUGAUUAACUAACGACCUGCCAUAAGGAUGGUGAAUCUUUUCUCUGUUGUGCCUCAAGCUCAUGGCCUCAACGCAAAACAGAAGGCAGCAGAUGCCCAGCUGCGAUGGACGAACCUACGUCCAUACGUGGGCAAUCUCAGCGUGAAAGACCUCGACGAUGUGCUCGCCUGCAUCAAAGAGGCAAAAGCGACUAAGGCUGAAACAUAUCCGCUUGGCCGUGCAACAUAUUCGAGUACUUUCAUCAUCGUGCUUAGUAGAUUUCUACUAGCGCUUCGACGAUGUAGUCCUGCUGUGAAGGUUGAGGCUGUUGCUAGAUUCUUGCACUAAAAACGGUGGCUCACAGUGGUAGAGUUUAUUGUAUGGCCGAAGUCUUCAUCCUGGUUGAAUCUUAUGCGUAGAGAGUUCUUGUCUCGUGGCAAAUGUAUCUACUUAGUUGCCAUGUCCUUCACCUCUCUAUCUUUCUCACCAUGAAGAAUUCGACUCCAUCCCGGUGCAUAAGUGGUGGAUCUUUUUCGGACGCGCGACGAAGACUGAUACCAAGUGGCUGGCUACCUUCUUGAAAACGAAAGACGACUGCAUCUCGUUGGCCUACCAGCUUGGUCUCGGAUCGGAGGACAAGGUGCUAUCCAUGUUAGAGCGUUUUAGUGUCUUUGUUGUUCAAGUACUGCUUUCAUUCGUAUGCUUUAGGCAAAUGCUAUAUAAUACUCUCUGGCAAGAGACUUCUACUCCAUUUCGCAUCAUAAUCUGACAUCUUGGACCCACUACCUUCUCCUACAGCCGGAGCCGGACCCCGAUCGUAACGGACAAGCUUCCGAGGUUUCCAUUGCCAAUCAGAUUCAAGGCUUGUGCGAUUCGUGUGGUAAUGCCUUGGAAAUCCUCGAAGAGGAAGAGGAGCGCGUUGUGAAUCGGGGAAAGAUGCAAGCUAAAGCGAAUCAAGAGCUGGCCAAGAGGGAGAAGGCGUUUGUAUUGCUACUCUUGUGACUUAAGCUACGUAUUCCAUCUAGUUCCAUUCUCAGAGACAAACACACUAGGAGUUAAGGACAAGCACGUUGUUGCUCUCUCAACCUAAUCAGAACCUCAGAAAUCUCUCCCAUUACCCUCCCAUAAUCAGCAAGCCGCAGCAGCACCGGUCAGGCCACAGUCGUCCAACGCCAUGAUGAGUCAUCCUCUGCUUCCUAUGGCGCAAAUGUUCCAGAGCCAGUUCAUGGGCAACAUGUUCCACAUGCCCAAUGCCGGCUUCCCUGGCUUUCAAGCUCCGAUGAUGCAUGCCCUGGGAGAUGGUACCACUCACAAUAUGGCAUACUGUGAGAAGUCUCGCUCCGUGCGUCGAGCUCCGCGCCCAAGUGAGGCGGAGAAUGGAGAGGACCCCGUCGAAGGUGCUAAGGCGUCUCUCUUCGGAAACCGUCGUGGAAAUAUCAUCCGUGGUGGCAAGGCCCAUGAGGUGAAGGAGCGUAAGGCCAACAUCGUGUCGAAUGAAUCUGGGCAGUACGCUGGCACCUCGAUGUCGAAGAAGGCUACGAAGAAGAAUCCCAAAGCCUUUAUGCCUUUGCAGCGCGAUGGCACAGAGCGUGAACCGAAAGUCCAACAAGAGGUAAAGAAGCCGGCAUCUACUAAGCAACCCGCGAAGAAGGAAGCGUCCUCCACUACUACUAAGAAGGCUGCUUCCGCCAGUUCGUCUUCUUCUGCUGCUAUUCCGUUGCCGCCUGCGAACUCGUUCGAGAAAGAGCAAGUACUAGAAGAAGAGGAGGAAAGCUCCCCAGAAGUAGCCGCAGAUGAGGAAGAUGCUAGCAUGGACGACGCUGAAGAAGUCAUCGAAGAUCCCAUUGAGCCAGUCGAAGAAGCUGUCGACGAAGAAGAGGAGGAGGAGGAAGAAGCCGACUUCGCUGGUGAAAACUCGCCUGAGUCGUUGCCGUUGAGCGAGGACGCCUUCGAAGUCGAGUAGUGGCGUAGUAGCUCCGCUAGAAUAUGGCCCGCUCUUCUCCAUCAGUGUGCGCUGGGGGAUCUCGAAGUAGUCCAGUCGGUAGCAGUGCAGAGUUAGAAACAAGAAAAUCCACAGCAGAAGGAGACCAGACGAUAGGGAUAAGCAGUGCAGUGCGUUUGAAUACCAGUAGCAAAGGCAAUCUUCAACAUUGUGCGUCAUCUUCUUCAUAGUAGUUCGAUAGGGUCUAACCCCUGGCAAACAACAUAGCAGAACCGGCAUCAUUCUCAUCAAGAGCGAACUUUUAUCGACGACAAUUACUACAAAUAUGUGAGACAGACGGGUGGUGAACAAUCUAGGAGAUAUAAACAAGAAGGGGGUUUUGUAUUAAUUCAGUGUAUAAGAAAGAAGCAGUCAAGUUGAUUACCAUGAGUUCCCGAAUAGUAGGUAAGUACGAAGAUGAACAGUCGAGACACAUGUGGGCAAUCAGUAGGCCACAAUAGUAAAACGAAUUCCAAGCCGCUGCAGACAAUUCAGAAACAAGAGGUGCAUCGUGGCAGUAUAGUCAGGUUUUGCAUAAGUACGGACAUCCAUAUCUUGGGGCGCUUGGUGCAUAGUCAUACUCUCCAGCAAACUUCGCGAUUCUGUCUUUUCUUCGGAGUCUAUCUUGAUGUCCUUGGGGACGCCAGUGCUCUCCAGCAGAU